UACACAAAACAUUACAGCUGUUUUAGAUGGAAAACAACAACGCAAUUCCACUAUAUAUCAAGACCUAACCAUAAGAGAGAGCAUCUUAUAAAAGGAUACGACAAGCCCUAGAAGGCAUGUAGUAUUCCGCUCAAACCACUUGAUGGAAACGCACCUAAUUUGAAUUUCUUUUUUGUGAACUUUCUAAAGAUUCGCUUCACCUUUCGAUGGAAAUGUUACUACUGUUGAUGUUUUAGGAUUGACUUUGUGUUGUAACUUGGUUGGUGGAUAAGCAUUCUCCUAUGUGAUCAAUUGUCAAAUGAUGAAUUCAAAAGUCUGGUUAAGGGUAGAGUAGGGCUGACCGAUAAAUCGUAUUUUCAUCGUCAUCGCGAUAUGAACAUGCGCGGUUAACACAUCGGAAAAGAUGCCUGAAACGCGAUGAAUAAAAAUCAUUUUAUUUACACGCGCCAUGCAUUCACACCCAGCAUGCGAACAUUUGACCUAUCAGAUGGAGCCCUGGAUACAUGCGCCAUGCAUUCACACCAUUUGGCCAAUCAGAUGAAGCAACAGCUAGCCGUCGGCGCCGGCAGCGUCCCCGGGUCCUAUGUUCCCCCGGGUCCUAUGUGUUCCGGAGCCACCCUCAAAUUAAUUGGUGUUAAUUUUGUGGCGACUGCGAGGCUAUGUAACACGAUGGCGGAGAAAGGAGAGAAUAGCGAGGAAAAUGUGGUUGACGAAGACCUUGUGGUGAAAAAGAACUGCACUUCUGCAAUUUGGAGUUAUUUUGGAUUCCGUAGCGACGACGUGUUACAAACACAGGUACUGUGUAAAACAUGCCGAACAGCUGUGGCAACUUCCAGAGGAAACACAACAAACCUCCAUCACCACCUGCAACACAACCAUAAAGAACUACACGAACAAUUCAAAGCUAGCCAAACUACAAAACCAAAAACGUUGAGUAGCAGCAAAUCUAAAACCUUGCAACAGUCCAUUUCUCAGAGUUUUGCGUGCGUGACUCCUUACGAGAAAACAUCCAAACGCCACGGAGAAAUAACAGAGGCCAUAACUCGUUAUUUGGCUAAGGACAUGAUGCCUAUAAACACAGUGACCAAAGAUGGUUUUGUGAGUCUGAUAAGGAAACUGGACCGAAGAUACAGCAUUCCAUCACGCAAUUAUUUUUCCCAAGUCGCCAUUCCAAAAAUGUACGACACAUGCAGGAAGACAGUGGAAUCGGAACUGGGUCAAAUUGAACACUACGCCUGUACCACAGAUCUUUGGUCCAGUCGAACGACAGAGCCCUACAUCAGCCUCACUGUACACUUCCUGGAUCAAGACUUUGAACUGAAAACGCGAUGUCUACAGACAGCCUACUUCCCCGGAGAACACACUGGGGAAAACAUUGCGUGUGGACUACGUGAGGCUUUGACCAGCUGGAAUUUGCGGGAAGAGCAGCUAGCUUGCAUCACCACCGACAACGGGUCAAACGUUGUGAAGGCCACCGAACUCAACCACUGGGUCAGACUUCAGUGUUUUGGCCACAGGCUGCAUCUUGCCAUCGAAAAUGCUGUUAAAGAUGACAGCCGCAUUGCCCGUGCUGCUGGGCUUUGUAAAAAAUUUAUGGGACAUUUCUCCCACAGCUGGAAGCAGAAGAUGGCACUGAAAGAAGCACAACAGGAGCACAACCUCCCAGAGCACUCACUCAUCACAGAAUGCCCAACUAGGUGGGGCUCGAGGCAAAAGAUGAUGGAGAGGAUCUUGGAGCAGCGGCAAGCCAUAUCUAAUUUCCUCUCGGCAGACCGAAAAACACGGCAUCUGGUUCCCUCCUGGCAGGACCUGGAUGUACUGGAGUCUGUAAAACUGGCAUUACACCCUUUGCAAGUAUUUACUGAUGCUCUUUCCGGGGAAAGCUAUGUGAGUGUUUCAUAUGUGAAACCAGUCCUUCAUCUCUUGAAUACAUCAGUUCUUGCAGAAAAGGAAGAUGACACCAAUUUAACCAAGACCAUUAAAGUGAAAAUCCUGGAUUACAUGAAUACAAAGUAUGAUGACCCAGCAACACAAGAACUUCUGGACACUGCAUCCUUCAUGGACCCCAGGUUCAAGGUCAGCUACAUCAGCAGCGAAAAAGUCCAAGACAUCAAGACCAGGGUGAUGUCAGAAAUGAAAGAAACAGCACGGAAGGAGGGAACACCUUCUGACAACACUGAGGCCCAAAGCAUGGAUCCACCCAGCAACAAGAAGGCAAAGCGAUCAUUGGGCAGUUUGCUCAAAACAAGUCCAGGCCCCACCACUCCCACCGCAUCUUCCAUGCAGCUGGAGCAAGCUCUUGAAGCUGAACUUAACAGCUACUUGCUGUCCCCCACCAUUGACAGUGAGGCAGACCCUUUGGCUUGGUGGAAACUCCACCAGGUCACCUACUCAAAGCUGAGCAAACUAGCUCGGAGGUAUCUUUGUAUACCUGCCACUAGUUCACCCUCUGAGAGGCUAUUCAGCACAUCAGGGAAUGUGGUAACAUGUCAACGUGCAUGUUUGAAACCCAGCAAAGUCAACAUGCUGGUUUUCUUGGCCAAGAACUUGCCCUAAAGAAUAACUUGCCAUAAGGGGUAGAUUUUUUUUUUCCUGAUUGUAUCUUGAUUUAGUUAUUUCAAUUUUCCCCCGCAUACUAUAGAUCUCUGCACCUUGUUGGGCGGAGUCGAGGGCCUUGAUGAUUGUAAUGGGAGACAUUAGUUAUUUUAAAUUGCCAUGCCCAUGUUUAAUUUAUAUUUAUUUAAUUAUUUAAGUUGUUUUCCCCCAGAUAUUUUUUUAUUUCAAGAGUUCAAUGUUUUUGUUCAGUUUAGAAGAAAAUAUUUUAAAUAGAGCAGGGGAAAUUAAACUUCGUUGGGUGUUCAUGUUGUGCACUUUGUUCAAUAAAAGUUAAAUAAAAUAAUUUAUUUCAUUUCUUUA